AUGGAGAUCGAGAAAAAUCCUGAGAAAGGCAUAUCUUACCUGCAGCAAUUUUCCUGCGGAGUGGGGCAUGUGAUUAAUGAUGUCACUCGCCGCUUGUUGCAGUCAUUCCGAAUGAUUUUUCUCAUGAGAGUUGUUGGCAUCUCUGCAACCUAUGCCGGCGUUAUUACUCUCUACAGUUUCUUUGCCGGUGCAUUAUUAUUUGCUCCAAUGGCAGGUUUCUUAUGUGAUAAGGUUAAGAUUCCGGUUUUGUCACGCAGGCUUGGAAAGAAAAAAUCGUGGCAUUUGUUUGGAACUAUUGCAGCUACAAUCGGUGUUCCGCUAUUUUUCAGCCAAUGUUUAGUUUGUGGUAGUGGAACCAGCGAGUGGGUGGUGUUGUUGUAUUACUUUUCCAUCGCCACCGUAAUCUCAUUUUCCAUCAACUUCGUUGACAUAUCGCACCUGUCGAUUAUUCCGGUUUUGGCAAAGGAUCAAAGUGAGGCCGCCAAACUUACUGCUUUGAGGUUCGUGAAACUCUUUCGAUCGCUACACUUAUAUACUCAUAUCCAUGUUAGGACUUGUUGAUUAUACUCGAAAUGAGUAAAACAAUGGUAGUAAUAAUGAUAAUAGUAUUAAUAAUGAUUAAAAAUGAUAGUAAUCAUAAUGACAAGUAUAAAUAUAGCGAUAAUGGUUCUAUGAAUCAUGUGUGACUACCCGGUUUCGUCGGUAUGUCUGUAUUCGGGUCUAAAGUUUUCCCAAGAUCUUACUUCGGACAAAUCUUUUGUAGUUUUAUCUUAGUCGAAGUUCAUUUCCUUUCCGAAACAGUUACACUUAAUAACUUACUAGUAAAUCCUCAGGCCGUUCUUGUCUCUACAAAGUAUUAACAUUUUUCAAAGCUCACUCGCAGUUAACGUCUUAUCAACAGAACGGGUUUCAUUUACUUAACUGGCAUCGUUUCCUACCUUGUGGCAUGGCUAAUUCUUGGACAAGAUAGCCGUGAUCAAUUAACAAAAGAAAGCUCAAUGGAUUUCAUGGUAAUUAAUAACAUCCACAUGAUUCUAGUGCUGCCACUGACUAUUACUAUUCCACUGUUAUUUCUUUGUCUAUUUACUUUCUUCCUGUAUAGCUUCCUAUUCCUUCAGCUGAGACACAGAGUACCAAGGGGUAUCCGAGGUUUCAGCUUGUGGUUGAUGGGCUUAUGUCCAUUUAGGAUUAUCGCGUGAGACAACUUUAUCUUUCUUGUGUCUAUCACUGAACUCACUUAACUGCAGUUCUGAUGUCUGUUCAUCUACAGGUGAUAACCCUGAUCAUGACAGGAGUCGGACUGGUUUGCUCUGCCAUUUUCCAUAUUGGAACCAAAGAACCUUCAGACGAUUCAGGGAAAAACAGGCGGUCUAGGGUAAUUGGAGAUUAUAUGGGAAAUUUUAGAAGACUAGCAUUCGAAACGUUGCGAUCAGUAAAAUUGUUUAUUCUGGCUUUACAUCAUGAGAAAAAACGAUGAAACGUUCAUUUGUUUACUAUAAGAAAAGAGACAGAGAAGGAACUACCUUUCUUGAAUAACCACACAUUAAAUGGACAUUUGUCCAUCGUUUCCCUUUUAAUAAUAUGAAAGAAAAAAUUUGAGCACGCUCAUUGGCUGAGAACACGACAAUUUAUCCCGAACAGUGCAAAAAGCUGAAAUUAAAUUGAUUAACUGGUAAGUUGCGAUAGCACAUGAAAACAAAAUGGCAGACAGGUCGAGAGAAAGUUGAACGUUUUAAUUUAGGGUUUGAAGGAGAGUUCUAAGAACGAAACACCUAAGAAAGGACAAAGAAUUGGCCAGAGAUGUGGAAAUCUUGGGCACCAAAAACGGUCGUAACGAAAGUAUUGAGGAGGACAAACCGGAGGCAUUAUAGGGAGAAUUCGUCCUGAGUUCACGCGACGGUUCGUAAAAAGAAAGACAGGGAAUAUUACGAGCGUGAUAGCCUUCGUGUACAGAUUACUGCUAUUCAAGCCGUUUACUGAUUACUGCUAUCAAAGCGAUACCCAAAUUCUCGAUUUUCGUGGCUUUAAGUUUAAAAGCUCGAAGCAGGCUCUUUCUGGAAAACCUCGACUUCUCUAGCAACAACGUCAAGGCAAGUGGCCAAACCAAUCAGCCAUGACACAAAAUAAACACAACUAAAAGGAAAACAGAGUUAAAUUUUUAUCUUCGAAAAAUUUGCGAGUGCUGAUUUAUUCCAAAUUUCGCUCAAAAAAUUACCGGAAUUAUGAUUCCCCGUUAUCAUGACUAUCUGUAUGUCUACUGAAUUUUUGAGAGAAGUGCGCGCUUUAUUUAACAAACUAUUAAACGAUUGUAAACUCUGUUUUCAUCUUUGAUGAUCUCAUUUAAUUGAUGUACCGCUUACAUUUGUUACAGAGAAAAACCUCCUUCAUACAAUCACCCGUUGACAUACACUCAUUGGUGUAUUUUGACAGAUGUGAGUUCUUAUUCAUCAUUUUUAAUACCGUGUAACAACUCGCUUGCUUUGUUUACAGCAAUGUUUCCUUUCAUUUUACUCCCAAAAACAUUUUCUUUAUUCCAUAGCUUUUCACCUGUUAUGUGAUUUCUUUUUGUCAUAAUGUUUUUAAAUUGAUAUAUGACGCCGUUUCUGAUUUUUUAUUUCCCAUAGAUCAGCAGCGAAAGGAAAAUGUUCGAGAUAGAGUCAUUCACAGUCGACGAUUAUUUGAAGAACAAACCGGUCCUGUUAGGGAAAGGAGUUUUUUCCAAAAUUUUUUUGAGGCCAUAUUUGCUGGAGGUGAAACUAGGGAAGCUGCUGAAAAUAAGACCUUAGAUAAAGAAAUUCAUGAUCCUGCACCGAAUAUGGCUGUUGUGCCAAUGGCAGUCACAAGUGAAGACGACUUGGCGUUCGUUAAGACGUUGCCUAAAGAGCAAAAACUAAGCCUCAUGAUGAGCAUCUUUGAUAAACUCAUGACAAAACAAGAAGAUUCUACAAAAGAAAACGAUGCAAAGCCAAGCAAUGGCAGACUCGUAAAUGAUAUAAGCGAAGAGGAUGGCCAGGGAGUAAUGGAAAAUGGACAACAAAAGUCAGAAGUGUACAACCAAGUUCACAAACUGAACUCUGGUCUUGACAAUCAAGGAUUCGAUACAAAAGAAACACAGCUUAACCAACAUUCUCAAGAUGUUAGCCAGGAUGAGGGAAAAGCUGCGCCAUCUGUUGCUUCUGAUAUUGAAUCCGCUCAACCACCAAAACGAAAGGCAGUGAGAACCUGGCUCAAAGAUCCUCAUUUGUACAAGGUAACUUAAUUUUGGGUACAGUGAAAAGGUCUUUGCCUAAUUUCAAUUUUUGUGUGCAUGCAUUUUGAACGCUCGUUUGUACUUGCAAUGUAAUCUUAAGUUUUCACACUAAAAAAAAAUGAACAUAAUUGAGUAGUUUAUUUUAAGAAAUUCAAGCGAGUCUAUUGCAAAUGAUCCAGGGAGAAAUACACACCAGGAACCAUAUGAUUUUUCUCUCCACCAUUAAAAUAUGUUUGACAGAUUAUGACACCGACCAUGAGAUUUCAAAAGGUAACCUAACUUCUCGAAAAUGGUCGAUAAAGGUGCUGAAAAACCGAUUCCAGUCCCGCUAUGUUUGGCCUCUUACCUGUGACAAAAAAAAGUCUCAGUCUUCAUGUUUUCCUUUUCAUGGUGAUUUCUUUGCACAAUUAAAAGUUCAGAAAAAUGCAUAUUUUAAAUAAAAAAACAAAGUUCUUUUUUCUUGCAAUAACCAAUGUGGCAGCUAUUUGUGAGCCUCGCGUUGCAAUUUUGCGCAAGCGGCCAGGUUACUGAGUUGCUUUCAAUUGACGGCAUCCAUAGUCUCCCGCCUCUUCGGAAGAUAAAAUUUGAACAGUAAGGAUACUUUUUGGAAUCUAAAAACGCCGUAAGUAAAACAUUUCUAUACACACAGGAUUUCAUAAUGAUGUAGUUCAAGAAAAAGUGGUUUCCGGAACAUACUUCUCCGUCUUUAUAUUGUAGGAAAAACUUUAGUGCAGGUAAUACGUCGUAAAUUAGUAUAUUGUUAUAAGUAAAUUUAUGGCACGGUUGGAUGUGACCUUUGUACGAAUGCAGAUCACUUCUCUUAUCUUACAGGUCGCAAUUAUUUACGCGUGUACAAAGGGUUCACAGGAUGUGUUUUACGCCUACCUGCCUCUUCUCCUGACUGACAAACUGCAAUUUGAAAAAGUAUGUACCAGCAAACUUUUAAGGAAUUGAUUUCGUUGAUUUAUUUUUCUGGGCUUGAAAGAUACUAAAAGUUGUACACGAUCUUCUGCAAUGGUUAAACAAUUACCUGGUUACUCGUUCAUUCUCGUUUCCUUUCUUCCUUCUUCACCGUCAAUUAGCCAACUUUACAGUAAGACGGAAGGAGAGACAGACAGGCAGGCAGACAGACCGGUAGACAGAUAGAAAGACAGACAGACAGACAGACAGACAGACAGACAAAUAGACAGGCAGGCAGGCGGACAGGUAGAAACACACAACAGACAGACAGACAGGCAGAGAGGCAGAAAGAUCAUCAUUUAAUUUAUUAAACAUUUGAAAGAAUUGAAAUAUGGAGUAGUUGUGCCAAAUUACUGCUUAGGUUAGACUACGAGUAAAACACCCGGCCCCGAAUCGCUUUCCUGUUAGCGUUCAUACUUUACUGUUUAUUGCCAAGAAACUUACUCUGUCAAUGCCCCACUUUUACUAAGAGCAAAAAGUUACAAGGUAAGAACGACUUGAUGCUGGUUUAGGCAUUACCAAAGAGCGAAAAAUAAUCCUCAUGAUGACUACAAACCUCCUUCAGGUUUUAGGUUGUAAUUUCUACAACCUCAGACGUUUGUGCUUUUUUUGAAGGAAGCGAUUGCCAAUCUGCCUUUGAUAUUGUUAAUGAGCGCCACAUUGUCCUCUCAAAUAUCAAGGAAGCUCUCUGGAAAAGUAGGAAAGAAGGUAAUGAAAAGAAAUAAAACUAUUUUCAGGUAAUUUUCUAAUGUAAGCGAUGAUCGUGAACAAGAUUGGAAGCUGAUAACCGAAUAGCAAUUUAAUUACCCUCUUUGUGUCUGGUCUCAAACGCCAACAAGCCGGAGCUGAAUGAAAUUCAAACGCUAAGCAGUUUGCGCAGCUGGAUCUGACCACGACACAAAAUAAAUUGUUUUAAAAUCCAAAAAACGUUCUUGCAAGGGCACGCGCAAGAAUUCAUCUGAGACAAGCAUGCAUUAGACAGUGUUUUUCGGUUCCAGCUAGUUAACAAGCGUUAAAGUUCUGUACAGUUUGUCCAAUUGUUGUUUGUUUUGUUUUUUUUUCACGAAAUCGAAAAUGAGGCGAUCGAGGCAACCCUCACUUAGACAUACUGAACUCAAUAUUUCCUGCUCCACAUGUUUGACUCAAGGAUUAAUUUCUAAAACUUCCAGCUUAUCAAGAAGCUAUUUGCAUAUUAACAAAUGUUUUGCUGUGUGGUAGCAAACGGAGUGAGACGAGUGAAUAAGCUUUGUAACUAAAGUCUGGCCAGAGGGGACAAUUUUAGGGAAAAUUUGUGAGUCAUCCUGAAAUUUUUGGAGGUAACCAGCUGUUUUUGCCUGAUGUGGCUAUAUUUUUUCUAUACCAUAAAUCCCUGAAUUUAGCUGUAAUUUUUUUCAAAAACCUUAACGUUACGUACCUAUAGUGUCAUAUCGUAGUUUUACUUAAGCUUUUUUUUUUUAUCAUUACCGAGAUCACAUUGACUAGUAUUUCUUAACCCACCUCAGGAAAGCUCAGAUGGUUAUUUUCCAUAUAAGGUUAUUUGGUAUAUAGGCUGGUGACCAGCACCGAGAUCAGAAAACUGGAAUUCGAAAACGAGAAUUUAAUGAUAUAUGUAUUAGCUAUCUGUUGAAGCUCCUCAUCCUGUUUCAGUGGUCCUUCAUUGUGGCUGCUCUGACCGUGACUGGGUCGUGUAUGUGGUUUCUGCGUAUUAACCAGUCAUCGAGAGUGUUCACUUACCCGGCCGUCAUUCUACUGGGGCUUGGGUCCUCCGCCAUGCUUGUUAAUGCCCUUGGUUUUGCAACAGAACUUAUUGGAGACAACAAAGUAAGUUGGAGAACUCUUUAUUUUGGCUAUCAUUUAAAUUUUCAUAGAACUUAUGACAACUAUACAAAUCUAAUUGUCCUAUAAUACUAAGAUUGUAAGAUCACGCUACGAAAAGUAUAUUUAUUAAUUAAUAUUUUUUUCACCUUUCUUCUGCUUUAAAACUAAUCCUUUUUGUUAAAUCAAUUUUCCUGCAGGGCAGCUCUGGUUUUGUGAUUUCUGUCGUAGGUGCCAUCUCCAAUCUGACCUCAGGAACUCUUUAUAUCGUCAUACAAGUUUUAUUUCCCGAAGGAAGGUAAAUUUGGAUUUUUUGUUUUCAGAUAAGAAUUAUUUUCAUCCCUGAAAAAUAUGAAGUGAUUUUGAAACAAAAUAUGACUUCCCAGCCUGUUUAUUCUCCUAUUCUUCAUUGUUCUUUGUUCUUCCGUAGUUUUUUCGGUGUUAUACAUGUUCUUCUUCUUGACUCUUUGUUCUUCUUGUUAUUCAACGCUGCUGCUAUUAGUCUUUUCUUCUGUUCAUCCUUCGUCCUUACAGGGCUCCUUCCUCCAUCCUGUUCAACAAUAACUUCCACCAGAAUUUUAUGGUGCAUAAAAAGCGUUCCAGGAGUAUUAAAAUCAGUGGGAUAUUCUCAUGAAACAAAAGGAGGCGACAAAGGCUCAAGAUAAAUUUUGAGUAAACGAAGGGGAAUUUUCAUUCGAAAAAGUAACUACGCCCAAGGGCUAUUCAGAAGAAUUACUAAAGCAAAAUAGAUACUCAAGAUGAUAAAUAGCUUUCAUAUAACUCGGGCAUCGAUGUCAAUACCGUUAUUAAAAAAGAGUUAUUCUCUUUAGAAAUAUUUUCCAGAAGGUAAACAUUUGGAAUGCUUCGUUCUUUUUCCUAGUGCAUCUGCCGAUUGCCAAGAGUGUAGGAGUUACGUACAAAAUGUGUUCUCAUUGGUCCCUAGCUCACUCGCUAUUUUUAGCUUGCUGAUUGUAAUAAUAUUUCAAGUUAAUGAGACAAUCCGCGGGAAAAAAGGUGAGAUGAAGCUUUUAGGUGACUUAGAGGCGUGUUUGUACGUGUAGUUGUAUAUGGGUGAACUCCAAAGAAUCGCGCAAUAAAGGCUCACUUCCUGAAGAGAAGGAAGAAGAAUUAAAAAAAAACAUGCAUAGUUAGAGUGUCAGCAACUGAGAAGCAGAACAAUUCCAGACUCUUCCCUUUUUCCCUAGAUUAUGGGGAUCGCUUUGUGCUCAAGUUUCUUUUCUUUUCUCAAAAGUGAAGAUCUUAUUUCAAAGGACUUCAAUUACAAUACUCUCCCUCUCUCCCUCUUCAAAAUUAGAGUCACGGUCUAAGCUCGAAAGGCGGUUUCUUAAAUCCUAUAGACCCCAACCCCCCCCUCCCUUUCCACAUUCCCGCCAAACUGUGCAAUUAACACAUUUGCGUUACACUCAAGUAUGGUUUAUCUUCAAGAUAAGAUAAUGAUAAAACCUUUAAAAAAUCUAAUUACACAAAUGCUCGAGGCAUAGCCAGAAUCGUUAACUAUUAAUAUCAUUAAUGAUUAAAGGUUCAAUUUUUUAUUUCCUAUUUUUUUACGCGGUACUAAACAGGAACCGAAAAGGAGACUGUAACAGACUCAGGCUUUUCAACCCAUCUGUGAUGUAUUGUUAGAAGGAAAUGACAUGUCGAGAGCUGACUGGCUGAACUUGCUGGCAUUUAAUUACGUUUACCUCAGUUGUAUUCCCUACAAUACUGACAGUAACUUCAAGCUUGUGUUGUCAUUCUCUUCUAUUGCCUUAGUUACGAGUUUGGCGCUUGUAAAAGGAUUGUCGCUAUCGCAGACCGAUUACCAUAUGAUAAAUUGUUUUACUAAAAUUAGACAGAUUUGAGCAUUUUUCAUUUAAAAUGUUGUCUCGUGAAAAAGUUGUUAUGCUAUUUUUCACGGAUAAUCUCUGUUCUUUUAGAUCUUUUUCUAGUAUUGAAAUAUAACGAAAUGCAUUUUCUUGGUCACAUUUUACAUAAUAAAGAGUGUCAAUCACAUGUUUGGUUGCCAAAUGAUUGUGUUUAUAACAUAUCAAAAUGUUGCUUUUGUGGAGGAACGGUUCCUUACUGUAUUGUACCCGAUCUAAACAAACCAGCAGACAUGAGGUAUUUUAAAUUGCUGAUAGAUCAAGCAUAAACAUCACAACCAUGUAACUGCGUUCUCGAGCAACCGAGAUCUCAAAGUUUAUGAUAUCGGAUAUUUUCUAAAAAUAAGAGUAACUGUCAUGAAUCUAUUCUUCAGAAAGAAAUAUGAGACUUACCGGUCAAUACUUCUUGUAAUAUCACAUAAUAUUCACAAAAAGGAGGGAAUUUUUCCUAAGCAAGGAGAAAUUUUUAAGUCAACGGAUAAUGAAAAUCACGUCUUCACCAGCUUCAAGGGCGGUUUAAGAUGAAGUUUGCCACAGGUACGCGAUUGCAAAGUUUUGUUUUCGUGGCCUAAAUUGAAUCCAAUAUCAAUAACGUCUCGAUAAUCUAUUAUAUCUCUUUUGUACUGAUAGUCUCAAUGCCUUACAUGGAAAGGGACUCGAAUAUUCUGGCCGGUUGACGUGUGAAUGAAAGUGUCGUGGGAACUAUUUAUAAACUGAAUGAUUAACUGAAAAGUAAUUUAAUCGUUUAUAAAUACCUUCAAUUAUAAUUCUAACGUAAAAAAUAUUUUCUGAUAAACUUGACACCUAUAGGCCUGUGAGAAAGAAAUGAGUCUUCAACUUUGUUCCAAUCCUCCAGUCUUUUGGAGUUUCCUUCUUUCGGCGUUCAAAUGCGUUAUUUAAUCAAACAUUGUCCAUUGUUAACAAGAUAUGAUAUGAUGAUGAGAAAAAAGACACAUUUAAUUGCGAUCGGCCGCCUUUUGUGUCUUGGCUGGUAAACUGAGGUGAUUUUUCGGCAGAACUGUUAUAAUAACAUUUUGUUUUAAUGCCAUGUACCGGUAUGAAACAGAAUUCAUUUUCAUCAUAAGUGAACGAUAUUCUUAUCAGAAUGUCCGUCGAGAGACGAUUAGGUCCUUCAUUAAAAUAAACCUGUUAAGCAAUAGUGUAACAAUAAAUGUUCUGUGAAAUACAAAAUUGACAAAUUUUUAGUCAUGUUCAGCAUCAAUUAGUAAGUUUUCAAUGCAGAAAAGUACAUUAUUUUGGUUAGUUUAUCUUAAUAUUUUGGUCACCGAGAUAAAGGCGCACUACCAUACCAAGUACUACUUAAGCCCGGUCCUCACUAGCGACACAAGCAUAAGCAUGAGCAUAAGAAGCUUAUGCGCUAGUGAGGACAACCGCGACAUUAGCAUAAGCAUAAGAAUAUCAAAACCUUGCGUUCUUCUUAUGCUUAGGCUUAUGCUUAUGUCGUUGUUAUUUCCAGUGAGGACACGGUUAGCAUAAGCGUAAGCACAAGACUACUAACCAAUCACUAAACACGGGGUCCCAGACCGCUCCCUCGGGAAACAAGAUGGCGGGCAAUGCAACAGUUACUAGCGACUAAAUACAGGAAUUGCUCCGAUCUGUGAUUGGAUGAUAAAAAUAGUGAAAGUUAAUAAGUUAUAUCUUAACUCCUUGUUCGUGAGUAUUGAUAACCGCGUGUCUCGAGGCGGAACAAUGAAAUAUCAAUGUGAAAACACCGAUGUGUCAAACAAGAAAUGGCUACUUACAUAACGAAGAGAAGGCAGAGUCUAUCUUGUUCAGCGAGUUCGUUCAGCGAUAUUCCGGCGAUGAAAAAGUUAUCCGCUGCCAAGCUCCGCUGACAAAACUCAUUUAGUCAGUUUAGGCGGACGAUCAGAGACUGGAGCCAUUCCUGUAUUUCACCGCUGACAGGAAUGGCUCCAACUCGUGCGUAUAUUAAUUUUUUCUCGUUGUGGCUAAAUAAUUUAUGCAAUGAGAUAAAAAGUGAAAGAGCGAUUUAUUAGGUUCUUCUUAUGUUGAAGUGAACGGUGCUUGCUAACGAAACCUUCUUUUAUUAAUACAGGGCCGUGUAGUUUCUAAGUUUCUAAAUAAUGCAGCAACUGAAUGUCACGUUUGGAAAAUCGCGCAAUGUUGCGUGACACUGCGACCGAUGUUUUUAAUUUAAUUUAAUUUAAUUUACGGUAUACCCUGGUGGAGGCUUGGCCGAAAUCGAGGGAUUUUUUUUUCGUGGAGAACUGAUUUUCUAGGUAAUUGUUCACAUGAAGGACAAAUCCAUUCAUCGGGCUCUUCAUCUUUUUUUGCACAACACCUGAAGGAAGAAAGUCGCGGAUUAAUUUUGCUUGGUAAUUAAAUUUGGUUUUUAAAGAUUUGUAGUGGAUAUAUUAGAGGGAGAUAGACAGGAUACAAAUUGAUUAUUUGGUCUUACAGGAAUUUAGUUAAAUACAAGUAAAAUGUAGCUCACCUGAAGUACAGCUCACGAUCACCAAGUCGAAGUUCCAGUACAAGAUUGUGAAAUUCCCCACAUCUUUUGCGAUUACGAAAGAUUUCUCGAAUCCAAAACCUUUUAGGCUUUACAUCACGUUUUUUCUGUCGUCUGCGCCGGCGUAAAGUAACAACAAGUGCAAGAAACAACAAGAAAUCCUCUUCGUCCGCCAUUUUGAAUGGGUGUACUGGCGAGAGGGAAUGGACACAAAAAUACACUCUACGCAUGCGUAUGUGCUUAUGCUUAUGCCGCGGUUGUCCUCACUAGCGCAUAAGCUUCUUACGCUUAUGCUUAUACUUAUGCUUGCGUCGCUAGUGAGGACCGGGCUUUAAUCGUAGACAAACUUAGAUUGAUAAACCAGAAAAAUAUUCUCAGAUGAGAGUCCUUACUCCGUCGCGUUCAAACUAUUAAUUCCACUGGCAUUCAGAGAACACCGUCAUAACUAAAUCACUGAAAUUAGCUUGAUCAGGCGCCCUUUUUAUCGGGGAGUCAGUCAAUUCGAUCGAGAGCAAUUGACUUUAUUGAUGCACUUUCCUGUAAUAGGCGAGUGUUUGGGAUGGAGAACGACGGAUUUUGAAGAACUGUAUGGCGACCUAGGUCAACGAUCAAUGACAAAAGAACUGGCUCGGGAAGUAAGUGGUUUUUAUUUAUCGAGUCCCUGUGAGGUUUGAUGAAUAGCAGAAUCAGUACUGAAUAUGUCUCGAUCGAGAGCAGACGGGACCAUGAGCUUCUGCUCCUGAUUGUUAUAUUUUAGAAAUUUCACAAAUUUCCAUACAGUUUCUUAUAUUAUUUGGACGCCAUUAUGGACGAAAUACGCACGCGCGGCCGCCAUCUUGUUCAAUAUUUCUGCCGAUGUGUUUCGUAGGAAUAUCUAGUUUCCUUUCAAGUCUCGUUUUAAUGAUGCAUAAUCUCGAAAUUGUGUGAGAAAGUGUUCCAGAAACAUGCAAAUCAAAGUAAUGUUCUAAUGAAACAACAAGAAAGUAACAAAGGCUCGAGAAUUGAUGAAGACUGACACUGACAUGGUCAGCAAUUUAUUAAAACAAAUUGAAUGUCCAUUUAACGUAAGUGUUACUUCUCAGUGAUAGAUUUCUAUUUGGAUAACUCAGUCAUCGAUAUUAAGAUACUCGUGCUCAUACUUACUGGAAAGGGUGAUUCUCAUCAUAUUUAUUUUUCUCAGCGUAAAAAUUGAAUUGAAAUAUUUUGCUCUCGUGCGUCUUCUGAUUGCCAAGGGUGGGGAAAUUACGUGCGACGUGCGUUCGCAGUUGUUCCCAGCUCAGUUGCUGCUAGAGAUCAUUUUUCAAGUUCAUCAAACAGUCGGCGGGAAAAAAUGUGAAAUGCAGUUUUUUAGCAGACAUUAGACGAGUUCGUGCACGUGGUGGUAAAUGGGAAUUGUAACAAGAAGGCUCAAAUAUCAAGAGUGUGGCCAGCUUUUUAGCGCUUCUAGCAACUAAAACGCAAAAGGUUGCGAAUUGAUCGAAAUUUAGCAAAAGGUCGAGACGGUGCGAAAUCCCAGGAAACUCUAAUAAUAAAAAAAGACGUUAAAAGCACCUUUUAUAGGUGUGUAACAUUGUAAUCUACAUCCUAACUAAGAUGAAUACCGUUCUCAGAACGGUCAUUUUCUUGAUAGUGAGCUCAGAUAUGCAAAAAAUUCCAACCCAAAUGUAAUCAACAUUAAUGAAAAAAGAAUGCAAAUCUUGCUGUUUUUGAAAAAUGUAAGAAGAAUGCAAAUCCUGUUUUUGAGCAGAGAGCAUAAAAGCAAAAUGAAAAAAGAAUGCAAAUCUUGCUCAGAAACUGAGAUUAAACUCUUCUCUUAUGAUACUCUAUCCUCCUAAGUCAAAAAACAAUCGUAAUUUGAUUGGAAAAGAAAACAUGGUCGAUCCGAAAGUAUUCGAAAGAUUGGGACCAUAUGAAUUCCUGUUUUUGAACAAAGAGAAUAAAAGCAAAAUGAAAAAAGAAUGCAAAUCUUGCUACAUGAAGAGAUUGCAAUAGAAAUGAACUAGUUCGAGCAUUCUCUAAAAUAUAGAGUGGAUACAUUCAUAACCGAAAUACUGCUGUUUGUGAUAUAACUUCUACUGAAACUUGGCUGAGUAUCAGCAGUGUCAAUAUUUCCGUUCAAAAAUUUCGUUUGAUGCAUUGAAGUCAAUUUGCCAAUAUAUAUUAUGGAGGUUCAUCAAAGCGAGUCCAGAUUUUCGCUCGCAUAACGCUGAUGCUUUUCAAAUUAAUCUUCUUCCUUUUUAACUUCAUAUUCUGGCAUUGUUUACUUUUGACAUAAGGUGUUAGUGACGAGACGGGAAAUACACAAGUACUCGAAGUAAAGCUCUUGAAACUUAUUACAAUCAUGAAAUAUUCAGUGUUCUUGUUAUUUUCUUUACAGAACAAGGACCAAGAAGGAAGGAGAAUACAACCUAACUGUGAUGAACUGCUGUAAGAAAAUAACAUAUCUGUAUAUACGGGGUGGUUAAACUUGAUGGCAAUUAUUGUUACAUCUUUAAUGUUUGUUUUUCAUCGAAAGCAAAUUCAAUAUUGUGUCAUUAUCACAUAUCUUGGAUUGCUUGUGAUUAUAACGAUUAUAACACAGGGUAUAAACCAAAACAUUGAUAUUAUUUUAUUCUUUCAAGAAGCUAUCGUAGCGUGCCGGUUUCAUUGAGAACUUGAGCGACAGUAUCAGUUUCAGAUUAGCAGCAAUCAGUCGCAUGACCCCUUAAAUUUAACAACACGCAGUAACAUAUGUAUUAAGGCGUUUCUUGUAACGUUCGUUUACAGCAUGUUUCAGUUGUCGUUCACUCCCAUGGGAAGUUAAACUUGGGCACACGAAUGUGUACAUACGCUGUUCAGUGUUAGCUGUAACGUUGUCAAUGCUUAGGGUUAAAAUCCAAUCAAAGAUAGCAAUCAUUCUACAGAUGGAAUACAUCACGAUAUUUCACCAAUCUAUCCCAGUCAAUCCUGUUAUGAUGUACCUCAAACAAAACCUGACAUUUAACUCUUCCCAUAUGAUACUCAAUCCUCCUGAGUCAAAAAUACCAUCGCAAUUUGAUUGGAAAAGAAAACAUGGUCGAUCCGAAAUUAUUCGAAAGAUUGGGACCAUAUGAAUUCCUGUUUUUGAACAAAGAGAAUAAAAGCAAAAUGAAGAAUUUUGAUGAAAUAUGUAAUCAUAUUCUAUCAUGGAAAAAUCAUCUUGUGUGAGGGGGAAAAAAAAGCAAACUGGUAGUGAAAGGUAUGAAACUAGGUAGUGAAAGGUAUGAAAAGACCAAAAAACAACAGAUUGAUGUUAAAAUGCACCUGUGCUUCUUGUGGUGCCAUUAAAACCAAGUAUGUCAAACAGGGAAACUAGAAGAGCCCUCACAAGCUGGGGGGGCAGAUAUUUUGAUUCUGUAAAAAGCCAUAGUGUAAUGGUGUAGUUUGAUCGUCCGGGUGAGUGUAGUCCUGAGAAGGACUGUUGUCGGUAGUGGUGACUGACGUUUCGACAACCUGAGCGGAAGUCGUCAAGUGAUGAUAUUGAUACUUGACUCUGAUGAUGACUUCCGCUCAGGUUGUCGAAACGUUAGUCACCACUACCGACAACAGUCCUUCUCAGGACUCCACUCACCCGGACGAUCAAACUACACCAUUACAUGUUACCCCCGGGUUCAAACCAUUUACUGUAUUAAAAGCCAUAGUCUUGGUGAAAUAGCACUGAAAGCUGGUGUUAAAGCUUUGUAUGAUCUUGGUCGACUCGGUCCUUCGGAUCAAUAUCAGUAUAUGGGCAACUGCCCACCUACCCCUCCCCUAACCCAACAUUAACCCUAACUUGUUAUCAAUUGACUGUUAUUGAGUUAGGGGAGGUGUGAGAGUUUAUAUUAUACAUCAAGUUUAUAUUGUUUAUAAGUUAUGCUUAUGGACAUAACAAAUCAUUAGAUCACUCUUAAGUAAUCUCACCAUCUUCGAUAAACUUUUGUAGCAAACUUUACUCUAAUAUCUUAUAUAAAAAAUGAAAGACUUCCUGUUCAUUCAUUGAGGUAAAUUUGUGGGAUUUAGGAAGUUGGACGUGACUUCACUCAACCUAAUUAUUCAAAAUCAGAACCAAGAACCAUCAACUUGGUAGUUACGAACUAAAUUAAGUUUCGUUGUCAUGCUUCGCUGAUAACAGAUAGACAUGAAAAUGGAAUAAUGAUUUAUGCUUAUAGACAUUUCACAUGUUAGAUCACUCUAAAGUAAUCUCACUAUCUUAGAUAAACUUUUGGAGUAAACUUUACUUUAAAAUCUUAUAUUCAAAAUCAAAAGCAAGAACCAUUAAUUUGUUAGUUUUAAAAGAACUAAAGUAGGUGUCACUGUCAUGCUUCGAUGAUAAGAGAAGUUGGACGUGACUUCACACAACAUGCUAUAUUAAAAAAUGUGACUUCACAAAAUGUGACUUCAUCUAAUAUCUCAUAUCAAAACUUGACUAUGCUAUUACCAAAAAACUGUUAAAUAUUAUAUGGGGCCGGUAGAAUAGUAGUUGGGUGGUUCAACGAUAAGAGAUAUAUACUUGAAGAUGAAAUAAUGAGUUACACUUAUGGACAUUUCAAAUGUUAGAUCACUCUAAAGUAAUCUCACCGUCUUCGAUAAACUUUUGGAGUAAACUUUACUUUAAAAUCUUAUAUAAGAAAUGAACGACUUCCUGUUCAUUCAUUGGGGUAAAUGCGUGGAAUAUAGGAAAUUGGACGUGACUUCAAACAACCUACUUAUUCAAAAUCAAAAGCAAGAACCAUCUAUUGGUAGUUACGAACUAAUUUAAGUUUCAUUGUCAUGCUUCGAUGACAAGGGAUAAGCAUGAAGAUGGAAUAAUAAGUUAUGCUUAUGGACAUUUCAAAUUUUAGGUUACUCUAAAGUAAUCAGUCUCACCAUCUUCGAUAAACUUGUAGAGUAAACUUUAAUUUAAAACCUUAUAUAAAAAAUGAACGACUUCCUGUUCAUUCAUUGAGGUAAAUGCGUUGGAUAUAGGAAGUUGGACGUGACCUCACACGACCUGCUUGUUCAAAAUCAAAAACAAGAACCAUCAACUUAGUAGUUACGAACUAAAUUACGUGUCAUUAUCAUGCUUCGAUGAUAAGAGCUAAACAUGCAGAUGGAAUAAUGAGUAACACUUAUGGACAUUUCAAAUGUUAGAACACUCUAAAGUAAUCUCACCAUCUUCGAUAAACUUUUGGAGUAAACUUUAAUUUAAAAUCUUAUAUAAAAAAUGAACGACUUCCUGUUCAUUCAUUGAGGUAAAUGCGUUGGAUAUAGGAGUUGGGCGUGACUUCACACAACCUUCUUAUUCAAAAUCAAAAGCAAGAACCAUCAACUUGGUAGUUAAGAACUAAAGUAAGUGUCACUGUCAUGCUUCGAUGAUAAGAGAAGUUGGACGUGGCUUCACACAACAUACUAUAUCCAAAAUUGUGACUUCACAAAAUGUGACUUCAUCCAAUAUCUCAUAUCAAAACUUGACUAUGCUAUUACCAAAAACUGUUGGAUAUUAUAUGGGGCCAGUAGAAUAGUAGUUGGGUGGUUCUACCCCAACUAAAAUACUACUCACUACUAUUAUGAAUCUGAUCUAUCGCAACUGAUUUUAGUGCACUCGAGCGUGGAAGAAAAUAAAGAGUACUUGGCACUUUUUCAAAGAAGACGUCUUACCUAACAUCGUCAUCAUCAUCAUCUGAAGAAACAAUUUUGAGAAAUUAUACUAUCAUGUAAGGUCUGCGUUCUGCAAUACUUUUCGUCGCAGUUAUACCAACACGGGCCAUGAAAUUUUCAGCCUUUGUUGUAACAGUGCGAUGCACAGAUUAUUUCAAAUGAAAAAUGAAGUGUCAAAUUUCACCCUGCUUCUUGACCUGUUUGACGCAAUUCAGUCUUUUGAACAAUUCAUAAUCACCAUUAAGAAAAUAUAGAUAUAGAGAUUGUCACCGUGCAAUGAUAACAUUUUAACAUUCACCACCCUUUCACCACACCAGAGAACUUUCUCAAGGAUCAUUAGCCUAUUUGUAAGUAUAGUGAUUGUUACUUGAAAUUAAAUAUCAGUUAAAAGCGUUCGAUUAUUGUUUUCCAGUGUGCAUUUUGAGGCUGGGAUCAUUUUGCGCGUCGUGUAGUUGUAAAGUAAGCAUACACUCGUUACAUCAAGCUUUUGAUAUCGGUAAGUAUUCCCCUAUGACCAGACAUGCUACUGAACGUGGAUAAAGAUUUUAGAACUUUUUAUUUUCGCUAUCCUCUCAGCCAAGCAGCGACUUACAAAAAAUAUUAUGCUUUGAAAACCAAAAAUUCUGUGGCUUAACUGUCAUGAUAAAACUAUGAGGUCUUCGAAAAUUUGUUUCAUCCCCGCUGAUUGCCGAAAUGAUCAAAACUAAGAGUUUAUUUUUUUUGUUUGUUAUAUUCCUUUAUAGGCUGUUGGUGUUUGCGGAUCUGAACAUGGAGAUCGAGAAAAAUCCUGAGAGAGGCAUAUCUUACCUGCAGCAAUUUUCCUGUGGAGUGGGGCAUGUGAUUAAUGAUGUCACUCGCCGCUUGUUGCAGUCAUUCCGAAUGAUUUUUCUCAUGAGAGUUGUUGGCAUCUCUGCAACCAAUGUCGGCUUGAUUACUCUCUACAGUUUCUUUGCCGGUGCAUUAUUAUUUGCUCCAACAGCAGGUUUUUUAUGUGAUAAGGUUAAGAUUCCGGUUCUAUCGCGCAGGCUUGGAAAGAAAAAAUCGUGGCAUUUGUUUGGAACUAUUGCAGCUACAAUCGGUGUUCCGCUACUUUUCAGCCAAUGUUUAGUUUGUGGUAGUGGAACCAGCGAGUGGGUGGUGUUGUUGUAUUACUUUUCCAUCGCCACCGUAAUCUCAUUUUCCAUCAACUUCGUUGACAUAUCGCACCUGUCUAUUAUUCCGGUUUUGGCAAAGGAUCAAAGUGAGGCCGCUAAGCUUACUGCCUUGAGGUUCGUGAAACUCUUUCGAUCGCUACACUUAUAUACUCAUAUCAUGUUAGAACUAGUUGAUUAUACUCGAGCUUAAAGUCUUAAUAAGCCUAAAAGUUAGAUUAGGUCAAAAGGGGGGUGUUCCCCACGGACUGUAACUGGGGACUGGGACAAGUAACCAGACGUGACAUACGUGUACUUUUAUGACGUAGCAUAAGGUACAAUAUUAAGGCAUUUGCAUCCUUACGAUUAUUUUUUUUACAACUUGGCUGUGAGCCAAAUAAAUUCAGGUGAGUUGCACAGCCCUCGUCACGAUUGUUCUUAGUACUUAAAAUGGUUUGGGUAAAACAGUUAUAGUAAUAAUGAUAAUGAUAACAGUAAGAAUAAUGAUUAAAUAUGAUAGUAAUCAUAAUGACAAAUAUAAAUAUAACGAAAAUGAUUAUAUGUAUCAUGCGUGACUUCCCGGUUUCGUCGGUAUGUCUGUACUCGGGUCUAAAGUUUUCCCAAGAUCUUACUUCGGGCAAAUCUUGUGUAGUUUUCUCUUAAUCGAAGUUGAUUUCCUUUCCGAAACAGUUACAUUUAAUAACUUAUAAGUAAAUCCUUAGGGCCGUUCUUGUCUCUACAAAGUGUUAACAUUUUUCAAAGUUCACUUGCAGUUGACUUCUUAUCAACAGAACGGGUUUCAUGUACUUAACUGGCAUCGUUUCCUACCUUGUGGCAUGGCUAAUUCUUGGACAAGAUAGCCGCGAUCAGUUGACAAAAGAAAGCUCAAUGGAUUUUACGGUAAUUUAUAACAUCUAA